ACACAGAUAGAUCUAUAAGUUGCAUCUUAAACUUAUGCCUAAAUUUACGAAAACUUGAUAUUGCAUUUAGUUGUGAAGAUAUCAAAGAUGCUAGUACUUUAAUCUAUUAUCAAACGAUCUCUGAAUUAGAGAUCAGUUAUAAUAAUAUUAGUAAUGAGGUUAUUGAAGCGUUAGCUUAUACAUGUCAUAAAUUAGAGCAUUUCAAGCUAGAUG